AUGCACGCCCAAGUUGUCAUUGCCUUAGCUUGCUUAGCUGUUGCCAAUGCAGGACCCUUCCUUCCCUCAACCAAAAUCCUGCAGGGCCCCAGUUCAAGAACGACUUUGGUAGGACCUGACGGAAGCGUCAUCUCAGCUGCAGCACUAGGUGGACAGGUCAUAACUGAAGAACACCCAGGACAAGUAGGAUACGCUGGUCCAGUUGUAGCUGCCCCUGCUCUAUCUUACCACUCUGUCCCUGUUGUAGCUCAUUCUAGCCCAAUUGUAGCUCAUGCUAGCCCUGUUGUUGCUCAUUCUGCACACACUGAUGCAGUCAUAGCUGGACCAUCAGGGACUAUUGCUACUGGGAGGUCAUUCGUUGCAGGACCAGUUGUAGCUCCAUGGACCGCUCAGCCUGGUCACCUGAUCGUACCAGGAUCGCUGGAAGGGCAAUAUGUCCAUGACUACACCGAGAACCUUUAUGACGAUGGAUCGUACAAACCACAUUUGUACUGA